GCCAAAUUGUCUAUGAUUUCAUCACAUGACCACUUUAUUUUGUUCCCGUGAUCAACUUUAGAAAAUUCAAAAAUAAUUACGCGCAAUGGCCAAAGUGGAAAUUGACAUGCUUGAAAACUCUCUCGAUAGCAGUGGAGAUAACGACCAUAUCCUGGGUUUGGUUGAUGGAGGAGCAUACGAGAGAACUGACUGUGGGAGAUCUCAAAUAAUUGCUGAGCCUAUUUUAGAUGGAACUGAGGAAGAAAACUCAACUUAUUGCUUCAAAGAUAUAUGUGAGUCUGGGGCUGUAGCAUACAAGCUGGUACAAAUACCGGAGGAGGAAUCUUCCACCAAAAUGGCCACACAUUCUCCUACACAUGGGUUAUCCAGUGGAGAGUUCUAUGUAAUAAGUAAUCCAGUGCAAGUGUUUGGAACAACUGCCCCACAAAAGAAAGUCAUAAGGAGGCCACCGCAAAUAGAAAAAACUAUUACUAAAAAGAGAGACGACAAAAGAAGAGCAACCCACAACGAAGUGGAGCGGCGUCGCAGGGACAAGAUCAACAGUUGGAUCGGCAAGCUGGCCGCGCUCAUCCCGCACUCCGGCCUGCCCGACUCCGCCAGCAAGGGCGGCAUCCUCGCCAAGGCCUGCGACCACAUCACCGAGCUCACUGAGAAGCAGAAGAAGUUAGAAAAACUGGAGGUGGAUAACGACAAACUAGUAUUAGAAAUAUUAAGACUAAACAAAGAACUAACCGAGCUGCGGAACGAGAACACCUCAAUGCGACUUCAGUUGGCCGACAACUGCAUAGUCACCAGCCAUCGGCCUAAAGGACAGCGAUCUUAGUUAGAAACACUCUAUAGACAAUUUACACUGAAUACUGAAAUGCUCUUAAUUUAAGGAGGCCUUAAGUUUUAUAGCUCGUUCACACAGGUUGCGUAAGCGUAGACGUAGCGCGCACCAUUACGUUGUAACGUAUAGAACUGUAUGAAACAUGGUACACCACUUGCGUAAAGCAUGGACGUAUGCGUAGCCUGGUGUGUUAGGGGUUUACGCGCGUCACAUGUACGCAAUUGGCGUGAAUCGGCCUUUAUUUGGUGUGUCAUGUAUUGAUAUUUUGUCCGUACAAUAAACAUAAAAAACUAAAUACUGAUGCUCGAUUACGGUAAAAUGACAGCUACAAUGUCAUGACUCAUGAUCGCAAUACCUCUGAUUGGUUGAUGCUCGCUUACUAUUGGCUACAAUGCAUUGCAACAAGAAUAACAUAGAUUCAGCCAAUCACAACAAUUGAAAUUGUUUUACAAAACAAUUUUUCCGCUAUCGACCAGCUGUUGCAUUGACCGUCUAAUGUGUUACUGAAAAAUGCCAAUUACGUUUCCAUACUAAAAUGGCUAUAAUUCGAUUUCAUGUGUGGCGGUUCAAAAUCUAUGGCUAGAGGUUCAAGAAGAACCUGUGGCGCCAUCUAGUUUAUGUAUGUAAUAUGUAACAAUAUUUAAGGUGCUCUCAAAUAUUACGAAGCGUUUCAGUAAUCGGCAAUUAGACAUUAAACUGUGGGACGUGAUGUUCAUGAAACGGUGCUGAGUUAAAGUGUAGGAAACAAGAGAGCGACAAAAUUAUAAUAGAGAUAAGCAGUUUGUAUAGAUUGGUUAUAAAUAAUGUUACUGUACUAUUGUUAAAAUAUUAUGGGCCUGUUCAGACAAUCAAUAAAUGUAUCUGAUCUGUUAGCGACAUUACCUUUGCCUAGAGUUGAAUUUUAAAAAAGAAAAGACAAUUGGGGAAGAUGAGAAAUGGCUAGAAAAGUGGUCAUUAUUGAUUCAAAGCAGAAAAGAUUGGAAUUUAUUAAUAUGUUUUCAAGAUGUUAGUAGUUUAGAAUUAAAGUUAAAUUUUAUCAUUGUAUAGCUAUGGAAUAAAGUCAGUUCUUAUGAGUUGAGGUUAUUUUUAUUAGAUCCAAGGGAUAUUUAUUGAUCGUCUGAACUUUGUCUAUACAGCUUUGAUGGAAAUGCUAAAAUUAUAAACAAAUACAUAUAAGUACAAAUAUCACCAUCAACCUAUGGCUGACCCACUACUGAGCACAGGUCAGAAGGGCUUAGGCCAUAGCCAGUAGCCUACCAGGGUAGCUUAAAGCAAACUGGCAAGUGCAGAUUGGCAAAUUAAACAUCUUUGAGAAUAUUAUUAUGGAAACUCUCAGGUAUAGAGAGAUGGAUCUAUAGAACACACUUUGACUUUGAUUAGACCUAAGUUUCAGGUUAAAACGAAACAGAUUCAUGCCAGCUUUAUACCGCUGUCUCGUUUUAACAGUCUUAAUUCUGAGCAAAGUCAAAGUGUACUCUAUAGAUUUCAACAUCAGGCGUGCAGGUUUUCAAAUCAAAAAUAUAUCAUGUUGCCUAUAUAUUAUGUAUAUUCAGUAUUUCAAUUUUUAAUUUAUGCAAAACCAAACUAAGCAGUUUUUUAACUUUGAAUUGUGAUUUUCGAAAGUGACAUAUUCAAUUAGCAUUUCCGUCAAAAUGAAACUUUUUUUUUACGUAUAACUUAAAACCUUUUUCAUAAUUUGUUGCUGGUUUGAUACCAUCGUGUAUGUGUGUUACUUGAUUUGGUUAGGUAUAAUUGUGUAAUAUAAUUGAUGAGAUUUUAUCUUAUCUGUAUGUUGAAACUUUUUAUUGAAAUAGAAAAAAAAACGUUAUGCAUGUUACAGCUACGACCUUUAGUCAAUAAAUAAAAUUUUACUUUAUCAUACAUAUAAAUCUAAUACAUCAAAAAAGAGGGUUAACGAAUUUACGAAAUAGGAAUAAUGUAUAUAAUAUAGAAGUUGUAACUAUGUUCAUAAAAGGCUGUAUUCACCUCAGGUUUUUGUCGGUGUUUGGCCGACUAGGUUUAAACUCCUAAAAUCAUAAUAUGCUCAACAUUGUGCAACACAAAGCAACUUUCAAAACUAAGGUCCAGACCCUCGAAAUCAAGCGGACAUACACCGACAACAACCUAACAUGAUUUCAGUUGAAACCGGAUUUUUAAAUACGACAGUUUAAAAGUUUAAGCUGUUAAAUAAUAAGUGUAACUAUUUAACAUUUUUAUUUACCUAUACUCAAGUUUAGUCCAAACAAAUUAUACAAUUGGCCUAAUGUGUUCGGCGAGUGUCGGCCAACGUGUAAACGCUGCUUCCGAAUUGCGCCAAUAAUUGUGUAUGAAAACCCAUAAAAGUCAGCCAUCUUUCAGUCAUCCAGCCAUCAGCCAGUGCGCACAAAAACAAGUAGGUAGUCCAAUACAAUUUACGCUCCUUUAAUACGGGCUGUCCUAGUUUAGGGGUCAGGACUCCAUGAAACUCGCAUGUAAAGAUUAAUAAAUUUUCGUUUCAUUUCAUUUCAAUCUGAACACAAGGCGCAUUGUACAAAAACAGAUCUCAGCAGGGCUGGUAUAUUUUAAUCAUUAGUCUAUAAUAUGCGAAAACUACCAUGUUGCAACUUUUUAUUGGACUACUUGCUUAGCGAUUGCUGUGCCGUAGUAGCGAAUCGAAGCAAAUUUACAAAAUUGAAAAAAAAAAUAUCGCGAGGUUUUUCGAAAAUUGUGACGAAUUUGUUUUGAGAAUUCUCGAGUAUUCGCAAGAAUUUUUGCGAGCUUGUGAACUGCUAUGUAAAAUAUUAGAAAGUGGCUUCGAUUUCUUGAUAAUGUAAAAAGUGACCCUGUACACGUUCGCCAAAUGCGUUGGCCGUCGAAGACGUUAAACCAAUGUGAAUCUACGCUCUUACGAGAUUGAGAGAUUGUUAAAAUCCAUCUCGAUUACUUUUUAAGAAAAGUCAAUUUUGUAUUUUAUUGUUUUCUUUUUUAUAUUUGUAUCUUCAGUACUAAAGUUAUGUACCUCCAUGAUGUGUGUGGUAAUAGAAUGCGUUCAAACUUCCAUUUUAGAUUCCAUGUUAGAAAUAGUGUUAUUUAUUUUUAUUAAUUAGAUAAUCAUACUUUUUUAGAAUUGUCAGAAUAUUUUAAAGUUGAACGUUGUAAAGAAUUCAAGACUCCAAACAACAAUAAUGUCAGACCAACGUUGAUAGAAUAAUUCGAGACUCGAAACACGACUUUACAGUAAAAUGGACCUUAAAACACCCUGAUUUAAAGUUAAUAAUACCACCGAUUUUAAUUUCGCAACAUUUCCGCUUGGAGCCAAUAAACAAACUUGAGUUUUAAAACAAGGCAGUUAAAAUCUAUUUUACUUUAACGCUGAAGUUGUUUCGAUGCUCGAAUUGUAUCAACUUAGGUAGCCUGCUUCUCAGGAUCAUGUGUGCUUAGUAUGAGAUACUAAGCACACAUGAUCCUGAGAAGCAGGCUACUCUGAAACCUACCUUGCUACACGAAUACACACGAGCUCACACAAACUAAAGUUUCGUGUCUAUGGUUGAAAUCUAUGGAGCGCACUUUGACUUUGCUUAGACUUAAGUAUCAGUUAAAACGAGACAGAUUUAUGCCAGCGGUAUAACGCUGUCUCGUUUCAACAGUGUCUUAAGUCUGAGCAAAGUCAAAGUGUGCUCUAUAGAUAUCAGCCUGUUUCUCUUACCCUGUGAUUAUAGUUACCACAUGGUGUAAAAGGCUUCAGUCCACACCAAUUUGUCACAAUGGACAACAGAACUGUCAACUAAGAGUUGUGUAAUUUAUCCCACCAAGUUAAAUUAGUGGGACAAAAUGAACUUAAUAUUUUUAGAUAUUCCACCUUGUCCCACACCAGUAGAACAACGCGGUGAGGCAGAGUAAAAUCUAAAUCACAUGAAAUUAUGGGACAAAAAUCAUCAUUUUGUUUUACAAUCAUUUGAAAAGAGUUUAAUCCUAACUAGUGGAGUAAAUGAAUCCUUUUCGUCGGAAGUCCUCAGAAAAAGCUCUGAUUUGAUGUUUUUUUUUAAUUUUUGUUUUUUAUAUAUUAUUUAAAAUCAUAAAUGUUUUGAAGUAGGGAAAUCACCCUUCCUAAAAUCAUAACCCUUCCUUUUGGUUUUGGCGCAGUCGGGUAAAAAAAAAACGUCAAAAUCGCAACUGUUUCUGAGGACUUCCCAAGAUUGGCUGUUUUACGGCUUUAUGGACUCCAUUAACCAGAGAACAUAGGUACUUGAUUACUAAGCUGCAUUUUUUUAGUAAUUUUUGUAAUCUCUUUCCAUAUAUUCUAAUAUUCUUGAAUUUUUCAGUAAAAACGUACUUCACAUUUCUAACCAUAGGAUGUUAUUGCUAGUAUAAACUCGAUAAAUGAUCAGCCCCUAUGCCUUGAUUGUAAUAAGACACUAAUCUUAUGGAGCCGUAAGUUAUUUAGAUGAAAUAAUUUUGUACAGAGAAAUAAAAGGAUAUAAA